AUGUCGCCGAAGCAGCAGGUACAGUCGCACAACCAGCUCGUCGCACGGCUCCAGUCGCCCUCCGCCGACCCCGCCUCCCUUCCGCCCUCCUUCCUCAAAUACCCCAUCUCGCACCUUCGCGCCAAGAAUGUCACCAUCCCCGCGGAUUUCUUCUGCCCCAUUUCGCUCGACAUAAUGCGCGACCCGGUUACCGUCGCGUCGGGCCGGACCUACGAGCGCGACGAAAUCGAGCGAUGGUUUCGCGAAGGAAACCGCUAUUGUCCGGCUACCCGCUGCGCACUCGAAGACCUGCAUGUCGCCCCUAACAAAUCCCUUCGCAGCAUCAUUUCCGCCUGGUGCCUCGGACAUGGCAUUCGCCUCUCUGCUACCCCAUCCGCCGCCGCCGCCGGCGGUGGAGGUGGGCACGCGAAGGGGGGCAGCGGAGAACUUAUUCAGAAUGCCGCUGGCGGAAAUUCUGGCGGGGACGCGGGCUCCGCGCAUCCCACCAUCUCCCCGCGCGGGGUGCUGACUCCCCGCAGCGACUCCUACACUGGCCGCGGAGAGCAAGCCCCGCGCGCGGAGCGUUCCGCCUCGCGCGGCGAGUCGUAUCCCGCGCGGCCCCUGACCGGGGACAGUUACGAGGCACCUCAAAGGUCGGCGCGCCCGCUGUCGGGGGAGCGCCACGCGGAGCCUUACUCCGCCCGCCCAGCCUCGGGGGAGCGGCACCAGCGGCGCGGAAGCGUGUCAUCCGAUCGGGAGAGCGGAAACCUCAGCAGCGGCGGAAGCAGCACCACCAGCGGCGCAAGCAGCGGCAGCAUCAGCCUAGUGUCGAACAGCAGCGCCAGCAGCGGCGGGAGCGGCGGGAGAGCAGGCGGAGGGGGAGGCGGAACCGGAACCGGCGGAAAUAAUUUCUGGCGCAGCGCGUCGUCUUCCGAUCGUCCGCUUUGCCCCAUCUGGCCCGUGUCGUCCCCGCUCGCCUCCCCCACGCACUCCCCCACCCGCGCCGGCGCGGCGCUCAGUCCCUCCUCCGCCUUAACCGGCGGCGGUAGCAGCAACCCCCUGCUUAGCCCCACGCAUCCCGGCUUCAGUCCGACUUACCCCGCUGUUAGUCCGACGCACCGCGGCGCCGCGCACAGCCCCACUAGCUCCAUGCAGCUGAGCCCCACGCGCGCGCCGCUCAGUCCGCUGCCCGCGUAUCUCGGCGCGGGCAACGGCGCGCACGACUCGUGGAACGACUGGAACCACUACCCGGGCCGCGACGAGUGGAGCGGCCCGCAGCCGCGCCGCGUCGACUGGUCCGGGCCGCAGCCGCGCCAAGCGUCGCGGACCGGCGGGGCUGCGACAGCGGGGGGAGGCCGGACGGGGUCAGGAGGAGGAGGGGGAGCGGGAGGGGGGAAAUCGGCCGGCGGGAAAGUGGGGCCCAGCGGGCGGGGGGCUCUAGGGCCAGCGGGUGGGGGAAUUGGCGGAGCAGGUGCGCGGGCGGGGGCCCAGGGGAGCGCGGGGGGCGUCGGGGGCGGCGGAAGCAGCCAGCAGCAGCAGGUGGUGGCGGCGGCGCAGCAGCGGUUCUUCUCGGAGCGGCUCGACCGGCACCAGCUGGCGCUGCUGGCGGCGUGGGACGACGACAGCGACGCGGAGGGGGGCGGCGGCGGGAGAGAGGGGGAGCGGGAGCGGGGGAGAGAGAGGGAAAGGGAGCGCGAGCGGGAACGGGAGAGGGAGCGGGAGAGGAGCAGCCAGCAGGUUUUGGCGUAUUUGGCGCACAGCAGGAGCGGCAGCAGCGGCGGCGGCGGCGGUAGUGGGGGAGGGGGAGGGGGCGGGGGCGGGCGGAACGCGCUGAGCAAUGCAGGGAAGAGCUACAGCAUGGGCGAGCCCGUGUCGCUCAUCCCCAGCUCCGCGCCAAUGGCUGUAGGCGGCGCUGGCGCUGCUGCAAGCAGAGACGCUAGAAUCGCCAACAGCAGCAGGAGGCCGUGUAGUGCAGGGGCGGGCGGAACAGGCUCGGGGGGUUCCGAAGCAGAUGCCGCCGCGGCUCGGUUGGACCAGGAGGAACAGGUCCGGGCCAGGCUUCCGGAUCUGGUUCGGCAAAUGCUGGGUGGCAGCGCGGGCGGCAGCAACACCGGCAGCGAGGCAGCCUCAACGUUCCUAACCAUACAGCGGCGAAGGGCAGCCGAGGAGGUUCGGCACCUGGUUCGGGACUCCCGAGGCAACCGGGCAGCCGUGGUGGCAGCAGUGGGAGGGCGAGCCAUCCCAGCCCUGCUCUCUCUCUUCUCAUGUGGCGAUCCCGAUACUGUAGAGCACGCGGUUACUGCCAUUCUCAACCUUUCCCUCUCCUCCUCCACUCACUCCCACCUCAUCACUCACGGUGCCGUCCCCCGUCUGGUUACCAUAGUGACAGCUGGCAACAGAGACACGGGCAUGAACGCCGGGGCGGCAGACCCGGACAUGCCGCCGAGCCUCUCGCCUCGCUCCGUGUCCCGAACCGCGCGGGAGAACGCCGCUGCGGCCCUCUUUGCGAUAUCUGCCUCCUCCGAAGCGAAUAAAAUCCUCGUAGGGUCGACGCCAGGUGCCGUGACGGGAUUGGUCGCCAUGCUGGCCGUCUCCUCCUCCCCCUCCGGCUCCCCCAACUCCAUCCGCAGCCGAAAAGACGCCGCCCUCACCCUCUUCAACCUCUCAUUGGCCGAGAAAAACCGGGCAGCGAUAAUUUCUGCCGGGGCAGUGCCCCUAUUGGUGGAGAUGCUGCAGGAGUACGGGUCCGGGCUGGAGGAAAAAGCCACGGCUGUGCUGGUGAACCUGGGGAAAACCGGGCGGCUGGGGCGGGCGGCGAUCCGGGCGGCGGGCGGGAUACCGCUAUUGGUGGAGGCGAUGGAGUGUGGGUCGGAGAGGGGGAAAGAGGACGCAGUGGCGGCGCUGCUGAUGCUGGCUGAGGACCCGGCGCUGCGAGAUGAGAUCGCGGCUGAGGGGGUGCUGCCGACUCUGGGUGUGCUGCAACGGUGCGGGACUCCUCGCGCGAGAGUGAAGGCGGCACGGUUACUGGCCAUCUUUCGAGCCAAGGAGUACUGA